AUGGCCGACAACACCAGAAUGAAGGAGCUUGCAGCUGAGGUUAAACGCCAAGGCGAAGUUUUAGAGAAGAACGAACAGUCAAAUGCAGCUCGUUUUGCGAGAAUGGAGACGAUGCAGUUAUCACCGGAGUCACGCUUUGUGGAGUUGUCGAAAUCUAUGGAAAUGAUGCUGAAACAGAUGCAAGCUCUCAAUGUCACCCAUGGAAGCACGAACUCAGCGUCUCAGACAUCAACCAUAUCUCACUCAUCAUCGUCGGGACAUGCGGCUCCAACACCUCCAUUUCAUGUUCGCAACAUUAAGCUAUCCGAAGAGAUUGAUUAUCGCUUCUGUCCACCUAGAACAAGAAGUUGUUCCGUGGUUCCAAAUGGUUACUAG